AUGUACAACGAUAAAUCAGGAGGUGGAAAUGCAGAAAGAACAACUUUUGAAACAAGAAAUCGAAAAAAGCGGAUAGCUUAUGGAGCAGCAAUUAUUCUUUUGGGUAUUGUAUGCCUAUUUUUUAGUGAGUCCCCAACAAAUUUUCACAUAAAUAUUUUUUCUUGCAGUUGGAUUAAUUGUUUGGGGAAGUUUUCAUCUUUAUCGUCAUUAUGUUACUGAUGUUCAUGAUAAACGAGAAAGUGAUGAAUAUUUGAGAAAACUUGUUCGACAAGUUAAGAGACGUUUUUUGCAAAAAGGUGAAUUUUUAUGAAGGGGGUCGGACAACAAAAAAGGGGGUAAUUUUAGAAUCGGCUCAAAUUUUUUUUAUUGAUACAUGGAUGGAUGGUGAACAUUUUCCACCAUAUAAUUUUUCAUAAAAUCGAUGCACCAAUUUGGUGGGGGGUGGUGAAUGCGAAAUAGGGUAUUUUUUCAAAAAAUCAUAACUAUGCUCAAACUUCAUUAUUUUUGAUGAUCAAAAAAGGAUUUUGUAGCUCUUGAGACGCUCUUUACUCCUGAAUUUACUAGAUUUGCUGAAAUCCCAAAAAUAAAUUAUUAAAGUCGAUGGAAAAACUUUGACGCUCAUUUACCCCCCUUAAACGCCAUUUCCGCAAUUUCUCACUGCUUCCAUUGCGUUCCUCUCGCAAUUUUACAUCGGAGUAGUCGAAAAAAACGGAAAAAAAAGGGGCCCUCAAAAAAGUUAGAUUCCAACUUCUAAUUUCAACUUUGACGCGCGCAACACACAUGUGUGUAUUUUGUGUGCGCAUGCUCACACAUAUGUGUGUUGUGUGUUAGGCGCUUGAAAUAUACAAGGGUACUGUAGUGUGUGCAGUUUUUUUUGUUUUUUUAUUAUAGUUUUAGCAUCUGGGAAGGUUCUAGAACCCCCAAAGAAUUUUUACAUGCAAAAAUGUUGUUCCCGGUUUUCCUGUGGCUGGACCUUUUUUUGUGAUUUUUUUGGGUCUGAACUUUGAAAAAUCGUUACUUCAUUCACAGUGUACGGAAAAAUCGAACAUAAAAGCUUUAAAAGUUUACAUGUCGCUCUAUACACCAUUUUUUUGACCUACAAAAAAAUCUCAACAAUAGUGUUUUCUGCAGGCUGCACUUUCGAGUAAAGUUAAAAUUGUAAGGUCACUGGAUCGAUUACUCUGAAACGUUUCAGCGCUUGGAAAAAGAUGUGUACAAUCUCUCUAUUAGCGCUAGAAGAGCCGCUCAGGCCAGCAGCGGUGCCUGGAGAAUCACUCAACCAUAGAUAGAAUUAUUCUAACAAGGAUUCACCACUAUCGCUAGGUACUGCUCUUAGUAAGCAGUUCUGACAAGACGUCACGCCUGGAGAGCAAGUUUGACAAGGAACCGCUCCUAGAAAACCAUUCUGGCAAAAAGUUACGCUUACAUUGUUAGAAAAUUGAUAGACUCUUUGUCAACCUUGCUCUCUCACAUGUCAAAGUACAAUCGGUGAGAGUGGAAGAGACUAAAACUCCGGCGUGAUUUACAGCGAGAAAAAUUUGCGGGACAGGACUUGUAGAAAAAGCAUUCAGCUGGAUUUCUGAUAAUAAAUUCUUGAACUUUGACUGGGCCAAGCGAGUAAAAGGUAUCCCAACUUUUGUAGAAACAAAAUGUGUUCACCAAGCGGGAUUUCAAAAAUAAUUGAUUUUCAGAAUCACAAUUUUCAAUGUUCCUCCUCGAAAAAAGGUGGGACUAUGCGGACAUUGUAAUACCCCCAUAAGCUUGGAAAACCCAAAGGGAUUUUGUUAGUGAAAAUGUUUGACAGGAGUUUCGUGAGAAACAUUUUUUUAAAAUUUUUUGAUUUUGAACUCUAAAAAAAAUUCAGAAAGUUUGAAAAGAUCAAAAAGUGGAAAAUCAAGAAGGAGGCGAAUUCAUGUGUUCUGGUUGCUUCUGAAGCACUCAAAACGCAAAAUUGGGACUGAACACAACUUUUCUGAAAAAUUGACCGGGGAAAGUAAAGGCUUUACAGCUUUGUAGGCCAAUCUCUAGAAAAAUGCAUAUUCAUGUGUACCCGUUGCUGACGAAGUGGUUAACACGAAUGUUCAUUGAGAAAUAAAUGGUUCGAUCUCGAUUUUUUCACGAUUUUUCAAAAUUCAGACCCAAAAAAAUCACAAAAAAAGGUCCAGCCACAGGAAAACCGGGAACAACAUUUUUGCAUGUAAAAAUUCUUUGGGGGUUCUAGAACCUUCCCAGAUGCUAAAACUAUAAUAAAAAAACAAAAAAAACUGCACACACUACAGUACCCUUGUAUAUUUCAAGCGCCUAACACACAACACACAUAUGUGUGAGCAUGCGCACACAAAAUACACACAUGUGUGUUGCGCGCGUCAAAGUUGAAAUUAGAAGUUGGAAUCUAACUUUUUUGAGGGCCCCUUUUUUUUUCUGUUUUUUUCGACUAAUCCGAUGUAAAAUUGCGAGAGGAACGCAAUGGAAGCAGUGAGAAAUUGCGGAAAUGGCGUUUAAGGGGGGUAAAUGAGCGUCAAAGUUUUUCCAUCGACUUUAAUAAUUUAUUUUUGGGAUUUCAGCAAAUCUAGUAAAUUCAGGAGUAAAGAGCGUCUCAAGAGCUACAAAAUCCUUUUUUGAUCAUCAAAAAUAAUGAAGUUUGAGCAUAGUUAUGAUUUUUUGAAAAAAUACCCUAUUUCGCAUUCACCACCCCCCACCAAAUUGGUGCAUCGAUUUUAUGAAAAAUUAUAUGGUGGAAAAUGUUCACCAUCCAUCCAUGUAUCAAUAAAAAAAAUUUGAGCCGAUUCUAAAAUUACCCCCUUUUUUGUUGUCCGACCCUAUUUGUCUUUUUGCAAAAAACGUCUCUUAAGGCGGUCGUGAUGGUUGUCGUCCAUAUUCAUUCGAUCUAUCUUGUGGUGUUCCAUGCUCUCCAGCUACUUUCAAAGAAGCUGAAGAUAAAAGAACUUGUAUGCGAAGAUGUCAGAAUAUCUAUUAUCAAAAUAGAUAUGAGGAGGAUAAACAUUUCGGUAUCAAUUUUAUUCCGCAUUUUCAUUCAACUAUUUUCAUUUCCAGCCUCAUUUGCAUAUUCAAUGUAUCCUCGUUCAAUGACAGUUUCAGCAGAUGGAAAAGAACGAGUAAAAGUUCCAACUGUGGUCGGACAUUUUAAUGAGAAAACUGGGACAACAUUGAACACAACUGAAUAUAGAAAUAUUAUAAAGAAGGAGAUUUUAUUGUACGGUCCAACAACAAUGGCUUUUCCAGUGCCUGAAGAAUUUCUACAUUAUUCAAGCGGUUCGUUUAUUUUACGAGAAAAAAGAAAAUCAAUAAUUCGAAAAAUAUUUCAAUUUAUUUUUUUAGGUGUUUUCCGACCACAUCCACUUGAUGGAUUUGAUGAUCGAAUUGUUUAUUGGCAUGUAGUUAGACUAAUUGGUUGGGGAGAAUCAGAUGAUGGAAAACAUUAUUGGUUAGCUGUUAAUAGUUUUGGUGCACAUUGGGGAGAUAAUGGUGAGCUUGUUUUUUUCUUCAAAAUUCAUAUCUCAAAUAAUUUUUCUCCAGGAUUAUUCAAAAUCAACACAGACGACAUGGAAAAAUACGGUCUGGAAUAUGAAACAGCAGUUGUUUAG